UUGAGGCAGUGUUUUCAAUCUACAGAACAGGGAAGUGACAGCCGGACGUGGUUUAACUUUUGUAAUUCUUGUUUUUUUUGUUGAUAAAAUUAACAGCGAAGACCUCAGCUGCAGUUAGUCUGCAGUGAAGACGUGUGGCCAGCUGCUGUGCUGCUCACACCAGUCAUGUUCGUCUACCUGUAAACAGCCAGUCGGACUUCUUCGUUGAACUUCGUGCGACUGAAGCAGUUUGAACAACGAUGGCUGACACACAGUUGGUUUGUUCGCUUGUGAUUAUUGUGUUUAUAUUCACUUUUCCUGCGGUUUUAGCGGCUCAGCAGCCUCACAUCGUCUUCAUCCUGGCCGAUGACUUCGGCUGGUAUGAUGUCGGAUACCACAGCUCAGAGAUCAGGACUCCGAACCUGGACAAACUGUCGGCCAAAGGAGUCCGCCUGGAGAACUACUACGUCCAGCCUCUGUGCACCCCCUCCAGGAACCAGCUCAUGACCGGGAGGUACCAGAUUCACACAGGCAUGCAGCAUCAGAUCAUCUGGCCCUGUCAGCCCUACUGUGUGCCCCUGGAUGAGAAACUGCUGCCCCAGAUGAUGAAGGAGGCGGGUUACGCCACACACAUGGUGGGCAAGUGGCACCUGGGCAUGUACAAGAAGGACUGUCUGCCCACACGCCGGGGCUUCGACACAUACUUUGGCUACCUGACAGGCAGCGAGGAUUACUACACCCAUGUGCGCUGUAAUCACAUCUCUCCUCUGAACCUGACUCGCUGUGCGUUGGACCUGAGGGAUGGAGAGGAAGUCGCCACUGCAUACAAAGGAGUCUAUUCAACUGAGCUGUUCAGCGAGAGGGCCAUCAACAUCAUUGAAAAGCACAACUCUAACAAGCCGCUCUUCCUCUAUGUGGCGCUGCAGGCGGUCCACUCACCCCUGCAGGUGCCAGAGCGCUACACGGCCCCUUACAGUUUCAUCAAAGACCCCCAACGCAGGCUCUACGCCGGGAUGGUGUCGGCCAUGGACGAGGCAGUGGGCAACAUCACCCUGGCUCUGCAGCAGGGAGGACUGUGGGACAACACGGUGCUGGUGUUCUCGACAGAUAACGGAGGCCAGACAAUGUGCGGUGGUAGCAACUGGCCUCUGCGAGGCAGGAAGUGGUCACUGUGGGAAGGUGGGGUCCGGGGAGUCGGAUUUGUCGCCAGCCCGCUACUGAAACAACCCGGAACCAUCAACCACGAACUGAUCCACAUCUCUGAUUGGCUGCCUACACUGGUUGGCCUGGCAGGAGGGAGCACCAACACCACAAAGCCCCUGGACGGAUUCAACGUGUGGAACACAAUCAGCAAAGGGUUUGCCUCACCCAGACUGGAGCUGCUGCACAACAUCGACCCUCUGUAUUAUGAUAUCUCUCCAUGUCCUGGUGGGGAGCGUCAGUUAACUUUGGCUCAGAUGGUCAGUGGAGACUCCUGGGCCAAGUCUGGCUUCAAUGUGUCCAUUCACGCCGCCAUUCGAUCCUCAAACUGGAAGCUGCUGACUGGCUACCCAGGUUGUGACGUUUGGUUCCCGCGGCCUGGCUACAACAGCUCCGAGUGGAGCCCCUCCAAGGUGGAUCCGUUGAAGUCCGUGAUGCUGUUUGACAUAGAAAAGGAUCCAGAGGAGAGGGUCGAACUAUCUGCUCAGUUCCCCACAGUGGUGGAUUAUCUCCUCAGUAGGCUCAACCACCACCAGAAGAGAGCCGUGCCAAUAAACUUUCCUGAUGAUGACCCCAGAUGUGACCCAGGCCCCACUGGAGCCUGGGGACCCUGGGCUUAGAUGGAGAUGACAGUGAUGGAAAUCAUGAAGGCUGUAGCACUUUGUUUACUGUGUUUGCUGUGAAUUACUACAGCUGGAAUCUCUUCUGUGGGGAAAAUUCAGAUUUUAUAAAAAAUGUGUUACUGUUUGACAAUUAGAAUUUAUAUGUCAGCCUAUUAUAAGACAGCCUCUUCACACAAUAAUCAAAAUAAGAUCUUGAAGAUUUUUUUAAGGAAAACAUCUCCUUUUUCUCAACAGCCAAUGCAGAAUCUCAGGGGACACCUCAUUCAUUAAUUGACUGACAGAUGCUGGCGUCAUUACUGAUCUCGUUCAGAGGUUUAGUUACAGCGAUUACGUAAACUGCGUUAGCUACACAUGUUGCUGAUUUGUAAAGACUAUCUCCCUGCUGUUUCAGGUAUUUGCACUUCAUUUAUCUACUGUUGAGAAGCCGCAGGCUCCCUGUAUGUGUCGAACACAAAGCUGCACAGAAGUAGCAGGCUGUAUUUAACCUGAGAAAAAUAUGUCACCAAACUAUGGUGUCUGUUUGAAGAUGUUUUUGAGAUUUUUAAGGAUUUUACAGGAGAAACCGUGGGUGCCAGAUUUAGAAAUUUAAAGCUGCACUAAUCAAUAUUUUUAUAUUGAAAAUUAAUGAAGUGACUAUGGAUAUUGUGCAAGAGAUCACUCUUAGUGAUGAAUCUACAGAUAAUUAUCAAACCUUGCACAAUUUUUUUUUUUCAUGUUUUUAUUAAUUUUUUUUGUUUGUAUUUCAGCUCACUAUUUUGGCCAUGCAACUUUAAUAUUUUGGUUCACUCCUACUUCUCUCAUCCACAUUGCUCUCUGCCUCAGCAGGUGGCUGUUUUCAGCAAAACAGCUCUAAGAACCAACUGUACUCUACCUGCCCAGCACCAAACAGCAGACAGACAAAGUUAGUGACUGUCUGGUAAAGACAGUGAAGCAUUCAGCAUUCACUUACUUUUGUGACAAUGGUCAUAUAUUGUUCCCUGUGCAAACCUUAGUGGUAAUAUCUAGAAUCACUAGAUUUUACCACUCAUUAUUCCAAGGUCAUGUUCCAUAAAUGUUACCCCUCUGUGUCUCCAGUCUGUGAUAAAUGUAAAUCAAACAAUGCUACAUUGUUGCAUCUAUUUUGGAACCGUCCACUAAUUUAUCCACUCUCAGGAAUUUUUUUCUGGGAUAUGAGCAUCGUGUCCUUGACAUAUGAUCUCUAAUUUACUUGUAUCUAAAGUUAGACUUUGGGUAUUGAUUUUUGCAUGGUCUAUAUUAUGUUAGAAUCAAAAAUGUGUCAAUAAAAAUAAUGGAACAAAAAGAAGAAUUCUGUUAGCUAGAACUAAAGAUGACAAUCUGCAGCUUAAAUCUGUUUACUUCAUACAGUUGAUAGAAUUCAGCAACUGUGGUGUCACAUUUUCUUAAAAACUGCAAUGACAAAGCCAUCUUGAAUUUUCUACCACUUUGAUUCAUGCCUCCUACUGGCUUCUUCUCCACUGGACACCACUAUUUGUAAUCGUUGACAAAAAAAAAAAACAUGAGUUUGAGACACACUGAGUGUGUCUAGUUUACAGCUUAUUACAAGUGGGGUUUUUUUUCAGGUUACUUGUUUUCCUCAUUGCUGCCUUAAAAUGAAUGAGUAGGUGCUAAAUGAGUUAGCAGUGUAUUUCUGUUUAGAGGCUGAAAAUGUGAGGAAUUUCUUGGGGACUUCAGGUAUCUCUGUUGUUACGGCUUCAGAAAUAACUCCCACAUGCCAGUCAUUCAUGAACAUACUGUUCUCAUAGAGGCGAUUUACUGUACAUAGUCAUUAAAGGUUAUAUAUCCUC